UUCGUAACUUCGAUUCUCACAUCUAUGAAAUUCGUUCUUCACUUGAAUUCGUGCGCUCGCCGUAAACACAUCAAUUCUCGGGUGAAAUUGUCGUCUUUAUUGUGCAAAAUUAAUUAGAGAAAAAAAAAAACCAAAAGCAUUAACUAGUAUACAUAAAAGAAACAACAAAAAGAAGCUUAAUUCUUAAACAUCGUGCAAAAUCAAACGAAAAAUACACCCAGAAAAAGUGUAUCUACAUAUAUGAGCAAACAACACUAGCGGAAAAUUUAUAUAAAAAAGUACAGAAAAAGGUAGCGGCAAGCAAAAUACACACACUCAUAUAAAGAAAAUCGAUAAAUCGAUUAGCAGCUCUCUCCCGAAUUCCACACACGCUUCAAUUCAGUGUUGCCAACGACUUUUUAGCUAUCAACAUUGACAUAAGAGACGCAGCCGUCAACGUCGAGACAGCGCAGCAUUAAAGUGAAAGAACAAAUUUACGCAAAAGCGAAGUUGUGAAAAAGCAUCAAAAUUAUUGCCGCAACGAGAAAAACACACGCCAACGCAAUGGACUUUAUGAUGGCGAAUGCCGGUGCUGCAGGCACAGUAGACGCUCAGGCCCAACUAAUGGCUCAAACCGCUGCAAAUCCGGCCGCUGCCGCAGCCGCCCUAGCCGCUUCGAAUGCAUCGCCUGCGCAGACUGCUGCCGCUGCUGCAGCCGCACAACUGCAACAGCAGCAGCAGGUGCAGCAGGCCAUUUUACAGGUGCAGCAACAGCAAACACAACAAGCCGUCGCCGCCGCCGCUGCAGCCGUUACCCAGCAAUUACAACAACAAACUACCAAUGGCAAUACGAAUAACCAACAGAAUGGCAGUAAUGGCUCAUCCGAGACUCGUACCAAUCUCAUAGUCAACUAUUUGCCACAAACAAUGACGGAAGAUGAGAUACGUUCGCUGUUCUCUAGUGUGGGCGAAAUUGAGUCUGUAAAAUUGAUACGCGACAAAUCGCAAGCUUUUAUGGAUCCACUGAACCCACAAGGACCAAAUAAGGGUCAGAGUUUGGGUUAUGGCUUCGUCAACUAUGUACGCGCACAGGAUGCCGAACAGGCCGUUAACGUAUUGAAUGGAUUGCGUUUACAGAAUAAAACCAUCAAGGUGUCAUUUGCACGCCCCUCAUCGGACGCCAUUAAGGGUGCCAAUUUAUAUGUCUCGGGACUGCCGAAGAAUAUGACACAACAAGAAUUGGAGGCGAUUUUUGCACCAUUCGGCGCUAUAAUAACAUCGCGUAUACUACAGAAUGCCGGCAAUGAUUCACAGACCAAAGGUGUCGGUUUCAUACGUUUCGAUAAGCGUGAGGAAGCAACACGCGCCAUUAUUGCACUCAACGGCACCACGCCGCCGGAUUGUACCGAUCCGAUUGUAGUGAAAUUCUCCAAUACACCGGGUAGCACCAGCAAAAUCAUGCAACCACAAUUGCCAGCAUUCCUCAAUCCACAGUUGGUGCGGCGCAUCGGCGGAGCUAUGCAUACGCCAGUCAACAAGGGCUUGGCACGUUUCUCACCCAUGGCCGGCGAUAUGCUCGAUGUUAUGCUGCCAAAUGGUUUGGGUGCGACAGCGGCCGCUGCUAGUGCUUUGGCUAGUGGUCCGGGCGGUGCUUAUCCCAUUUUUAUUUACAAUUUGGCACCCGAAACUGAGGAGGCAUCACUGUGGCAGCUAUUCGGCCCAUUCGGCGCUGUGCAAUCGGUUAAAAUUGUUAAGGACCAAACCACAAAUCAAUGCAAAGGCUACGGCUUCGUAUCGAUGACCAAUUAUGAUGAAGCGGCAAUGGCAAUUCGUGCACUGAACGGUUAUACACUGGGCAAUCGGGUGCUGCAAGUCAGCUUCAAGACCAACAAAUCAAAGUAAAGUAUCUUUCCAGCGUAAAAUCUCUACAGUAGUAACAGCUAACUGCAACAAUAGUAGUAGUAGUAGUAAACAACAACAGCAACAACAAACAAAUGUAACAGCAAUACACGCAUACACAAUGAAAACAACAACAAUAACAUCAAUGAUACAAAAGUAGCGGAAAUACAGUAGUAACAACAACAACAGCAGCAUAAUUGCGGAUCAGUGAACGCGGAGCGGAGCUGUAACCCGACCGCAGGCAAGUUGGUGGAAAUGCGCUGGUUGGCUUUGUUUGAUGUUGAUAAAAUUGUGUGAGGCGCAAAGCGUGUUGUGGGGAGGGUGAGGGUGCUCUUCCUCCCCCCAACUUACGCAGCGCACGCCAACCACGUAUUUUCCAUUUUUCAAUUGUAUUUUACCAUUUAAGCAUAUUCGUAAAGUAUAAACGCUAAAGAAAUCCCAACUUGCAGCAAUACAAUGCUGGAAAUUAAAUUAAUUGAUAAACUUUACAAAGUGAGGUUAAUUAAUCUAAUUUGUUACACUGUACAAACUAAAACAAGAUCACAAGCGCGGAGUAGUAGAAAGGUGCAGGAAAAUAUUGGCAACAAGAAAUGUGUGUUGUAGCAAAAUUUUACGGUUAUCAAAGCAUUUGCAAGUAGAGUGAAUCGAUUCAGUGUAACUGCAGUGUAGUGAAAAUAUGAAAACGAAAAACAAGCAAUGAGUGUCAGUUGAAUACAUUUUCCUUAUCAACUUCCACCCACGCGUUGGCUUUGCGAAAAAAGAAAAUGGACGCACACAAAUGCGUAAAAUGGCGCGACAAAUGCCGCUAGCAACCACCCGUUGUGCGCGUAAGCAGGCGGUUAGCUUCCCACACGCCACAAACAAUUGGGGUGGUUACUGUAGGCACUCCCAAUCAGCCAUAGUUCAGCGCAUGUAUGUUUGUGUGUUUGUCGCUCAACUGAAUUUCACAAUGCCAAAGCAAUCAAGGAAAAAUGUAUCAUAUUAAAAAAAAAAAUCUUGCAAAUUUUGGCAAUUUCACUGUGCUGUGCCUAGUGUUGGCUUAAUUUAGAAAUUAGCAUUGCCUGUAUGGGAAGCAAAUUGGCAAGCGAAACGCGAAAAUUAUUACUCAAAAGUUUGUGUUAUUUUUAAAUUAGCCAACAGCUGCAACGCUUGCCUCUGUGUCUGUGUGUCAGUUCGUGCGCGUAUACACAUGUGCCGUCGCAUAAAAGUAAAUAUAUUUUUAUUAAAUCUCUGAAUUGUUCAGCUGUGCGGCGCACAGUCACGAAAAUGUUUUCAUAUUUUCACUACUCGUACGAAUUACACUGGAUGUAAAUUAGAAAAAUGCAAGGAAAAAUAAUGAAAGCGAAAGUAUUGCAAAAUUAAGUCUAAAAACAAAAAUAUAUCUGCAUCCGCUAGAAUUUCUAAAUACUAAGUAAUCUUUGUUAAUACCCCUACCAACAACAAAAGCCAAAUUGUAUGUGUGAAAAAAGAAAAAUUAAAUGCGUACCCUAUUACAAAUUUAAAACGAACGAAGAGAUCAACACAUGAUUUUCCAGGUUAAAAACCAUUUCGAUAAAUUCCAAAAACUAUUGUUGUACGAAAACUACUACUGCAUAAGUAUUUCACCAAACCGUAUAGCUCAAUGAGCGCCAAUUAGGCAGUAACCAUAAAAGAAUUAGUAAAAAAUUCUUAAAAAAUACAAAAAUAAUAAUUAAGAAAUUAAAGGCAAACAAGAAUCUUCCGAAACGUCGUAAAUGGCGUAAAUCACAAACUUGGCCUGCCGGCAGCAAUAAAAGUAUUUUAAAUUUCAUUUGCAAUUUUAAAAGUUGACAAUUUUUAUACGUUUUCUAACUAAAAAAAAUAUGCGUUAAAAGCAAAUGAUAUAUCUAAUUGCAAUAAAAUGUGUAGCAAAGCGCUCGAAAGAAAUGUUUGAAGAUAGACGAGUGUAUGCGUGCGCAGGUUUUUAAGUAAAAAAUUAAAGUUAAUUAUAUAACAAUUAAAAAAACAUUAAUUAAAAGUUUAAAUGCUGCGCUACUUGCUAUAAAAGCGCUAUAAUAAUAUUAAUAAUUUUCAAAUAUAAAGCUUAGCAAAACAUAAAAAGAAAAUAUCUUAAAAAUAGCUAAAGUUAAUGGUUGGGUUUAGUGACAUACAAGAGUGAAAAUCCAGACGAGCAGAGGCGAUAACAAGUAAUUUAAAUUAAAUUAAAUUAAAAUAAAAACAACUAAUGGAAAGCUUACCAAUUUUUAAUUAUUUAAAGAACUAGCAAAAAACGAAAACAAAAAAAUAGUAAAUAAAAUAAUAUAUGAGUAAUAAUCUUAGAGAUUAUAGUUAAAGCAACGUCAAGGAGGCUGCUACAGUAUUAAAUAGCAAAAGUUUAAAUUUAAAUAAUUAAAAAAAAUAUAACUAAGAAAUAACCAAAAGUUUGGUGUAAGUUUAUAAAAAAUAUAACUAGAAAAUAAAGGGGCAAAGCCUGCGUGCGCAAAUGGACAACUUAUAGAAAAAGUAGAUCUCUUGGAAUUUUAAAUGAGCUAAACAACCCUAACAAGACAGUAUCGAAUGCGAAACAAUAAUUACAAUAAUUAUUAAAUAAAUAAAUGCGCCUCCAGCAGGCUAAAAUUAAAUUUUAUUAUAAAAUAAUUCCAAUUACAUAAUUAAAAUUCACAAACAAGUGACAUGCAAUAUACAUUUUAAACUAAUAUACAAACAUACAUAACCUAUUAAACAUAAAAAUUUAAUUUUUUAAAACAUAAAUUGUUUGCAUAUUGACAGAAAACCAACGCACAGCUUGCUGUGUAAUUUGGUGGCGAAAAUAAUGUGAAGUAGUGUUGCUCUCAGGCCUUUCAAGCUUUUGUUAAUGCAAGUGAUGCGCUGAAUUAUGAAUAACAUAAUUUUGAAAUAAAUGUAUAGGCGCUGAAUAGCUUAAACAACUUAAGAGUAUGCCUUCAACCAGCAUAUAGCUUUAAAAUGUUAAAUAAAUGCAGUUUUUAAGCGCUGAAUGUCAGCAAAUGCGCGCUGAAUACCAUUUGUAGUGUGCUGAAUUCGAAAAAUUUCAAGUGAAUUACAAGUUGCUAUUUUAACAACAGAACAGUUGUGCUGAAUAACGUUUGUAAUGUGCUGAAUACGAAAAAAUUAAUGUAAAACAUAAAUUGUUAUAUUUAAAAACAGAACAACAGCGCUGAAUAUACAUUACGGUUAGCUGAAUUGUUGCAAAGCUAUAAAAAUUCAGCGAAUUUGCAUUCAUCAUACAUCUCGAGUGCAACACAACAUUUUCGCCAACACUCUUACACAAAAAGCGCAUAACAUAAACGUUCAAUAAUUUGUUUGAGACAAAAAAAUUGCAAUGUGAAGCACAAAACACCCAAAAUACAAAUACAAACUAUGCAUAAUUUAGUGUGAAGUGUUUUAGGCUGCGUACAUAUAUACAUACAUUUACACGUAUACAUAUAUAUUUUUGACACACAGACAUACAUUUACAAUUUUGUAAUGUUUUUUGCAAAAAUCCAAUUUGUUUAUUUUCAAACAUAAUUUGAUUUCUUUACAAACAAUAGUUGCGCGGGUAUUCAUUUGUGGCGCAAUUUUGUAUUGUUAAAAUAUAAUUUAAUAGAAAUUUGUUACAAUUACGAUUUUGUGUUCGUUUGUGCUGCAAAAUGAAUACCCCUGCCCAUUUGUUUACGUUCGUUUCGUAGUGCAAUACAUUUGGCAUCUUGUGUUGAUUUCUUUGUUUCAAUUGAGUUUAAUUUGAGUUUGGCGUUUAAAUGCGCCACAACUGCUGCUACAUACUUGCUACAACCCAUAUGAGUUUGAAAUUUCUAAAAAUUAUAUUUUUGAAUCAAGCGUUUAACUAAAAGAUUUCAAGUUUUUUUACAGUUAUUUAUUAAUAUAUAAUUUUUGCGAUGCGUUCGAUUUCUCACCACAGCUACUACUCUUAUGUUUGUUGUUGUGUUUUUUUUCUCUUGUACCCACACUCGUAAAUUAUAAUUUUUUCUCUAAAACAAAAAAUAUAAAAUAAAAUUGUGUGUUCAUGUAAAAUUGACGCGCGUGUGCUCCCAGCUAUUUUGUACACAUAAUUUACAUAUAUUUAUAUAUACAGUCCAUAUACAAUACACAUACACACACGCAUACAUAUAAAUAUACAUAUUUAUAUAUAUUAAUUAGUGUACGUACGUAAGUAAUUAAGCAAAAUAUAUUUAUAUACAUAUUUAUUGCAUAUUUACACAAACAACUAAUAUUAAUUUUUAUGUAUAUCUACAAACCAACAUAUGUAUACAUAUGGAUAUUUAUUUGAUUUAUCCCACAAUUUUGCUUUCAAAUUCAACCAAGUACCGUACCGCAAUAAUGUUUAAAAGAAAAAUAAUGUUUAUACGGCUUAUACUAUGUGCAUAUGUAUACAAUAUAAUUUAUUUUCGCAUUAACAUUUUACGACACACAAACACAUUAUAACAACACACAAAUUUAAACUUACAUGCAUAUAUGUACGUGUUUGUCUACAUAUACAUACAUAUAUUUAUAUAAACCUAUAUUUUUCGUAGCUGUUAAGUGGUUUUAGUUUUAAAAGUUCACAAAUUUCAAUUUAGCAAAAAAAAAAAAUUAGCUUCUUGUGGGUAUUCACGGUGUUAGCGUUUUUACGAAAAACUUUUUUAUAACGUUAAAACGCGCACGGUGAAUACGCGCAUAGAUUUUUUUCAUUUAAUUCUAUUUAACAAAUUAUAAUUGAGGUUAGGUAAGCAGGCAGUGUAGCAAGUGAAAAGUUACAAAACAAAAAGAAACCCAGAAAACAAGUAAUCAAUAUUUAUUAUAUAGUUAUAUUAUUAGUACAUUUUUUUGAUGCUACAACAACUGGAGUCGCUCACAGUUUGUUAAACAUAUAUAUCUAAAUAUAUAUAUAUUUAAUAUUUUUUUCAUAAGUGUAAACGAGUAGCAUGAACAAAGUGAAAAAAGAACAAGCUCUGCAGUAUGAGUAAAGCAAACGCUAAGCGAAAAAAAACGCAUAAGAACAAAUAAUUUAAUUAAGUUAAAUUUAAAAAAGAAAAAUAUUUUACACUUAAGCAUAUGGCAUAGAGACGAAACGAAACAGGUGGAAAAAAGAAGAAGAAAAAACAAAAAAAGUAUACACAAAACGCAUGAAACAAACAAGAAUUCUAGUCAAAAAUGCAAAACAAAAAUGCAAAAUGAAAGAAAAAAAAAGAGAAAUGUGUUGAAGGAAAAACUAAAGCAGUUAGUUAGGCGAUAAGCAAGUCUGAAUUGCAAGCAAGCAUACAAAUAACUUAAAAACGUUUCAAUGUCGCAUAGCAAGUUAAAGUUAAAAACAACAGGAGUAGAUAUGCAGCUAUUAGUAACUAAACCACACACCACACACACACACAUACAUAUACAUCAUACAAAACGAUAAAAUGCACGGCUACAGCGUUAAUUUAAUAAAUCGAAAAAAAGAAAAGCAAAAACGCGCAAUGCAAUUGUAUUAUGUUUAAAUGGUAAAUCAUUCAGCGACUGAUAAAAGAGAAAGAAACAAAGUAUUCUUUUAUCCAAAUAUCCGCUGCGGCUGCAAAAACUGUAUUUUGUUGUUAUUUUCAUAGAUUUCUAAAAUAUGAGCGCUUUUCGGCUGACCACAUUGAAUGUUCGAAACAUUUAUUUGCCAGAGAGUUCGUUAAAAAUUGUAUAAAAACAAAUUUUCAGCAGCGUUUGAAGCUGCAUUUGAACUACUUUAAUUGUACUUUCUAAUGGUCGGCUAUUUUUCAUGUUCGAAAAAUUUUCGAAGUUCAGGUGGUUUUUAAAAAUCACUAUUUUAAAUGAAAAAUAAGAUAUUUUGAGCGCAUGUUAUAUACAAA